AUUGUGGCUUUCGCUUGGGGGCCUAGAUGUUUUAACAUUUUAUUUGAUAUUUUUGAGGGUCCAAUAGCCUUUGUGUUGGGUGCUUCUUUGAUUAUAGUCUCUAGUUCGGAGGGUAUAAUCUUUGUCAUGAUUGUAUUAUACCAUAUUGGGUCUAUUGUUCGAAUUG